UGCACAACAUGCUGGAGACCGCGGCUGCGCUGCUCCGCUCAGAGUUAACUUUUUAAUCCCGGCGUUGCUGCUUUCUCACCGGCGCGGAGGAGGCGGAGGAGACCGAGGGGGGCAGAAGGGGAAGAAAAAGUCAGUCAUGCCAAGAGGUUAGGGUGCGAGCCGGGGGGAGAGCGUCUUCAUGUGAAAAGAAGUCCGUCGGUAUUUGUUUAGUGUUUAGGGGGAGAGAAUAAAGAGAGGAGGGUGGGGGGGAGAGAGAGGACCGGGGGGUCGAGAAGCCCAGAGAAGAGCCGAGAGAGAAGAGGGGCGCAAGAUGCAGCCGGCCGCCGUGCUGUGGGGCGUCCUGGCAACUUUGUUUGUCAGCCAGAGUCCAGGUGUUCAGGCCAGUGCUGACUGUUCGUGUGGGAGGAACCACUUCACAUGUGCUGUCAGCGCGUUCGGGGAGUGUACCUGCAUUCCGGCCCAAUGGCAGUGCGACGGAGACAAUGAUUGCGGGGACCACAGCGAUGAAGACGGCUGCAUGCUCCCCACCUGCUCACCGCUGGACUUCCACUGUGACAACGGGAAAUGUAUCCGUCGCUCCUGGGUUUGCGAUGGAGACAACGACUGCGAAGACGACUCGGAUGAACAAGACUGCCCUCCCAGAGAGUGUGAAGAGGAUGAGUUCCAAUGCCAAAAUGGCUACUGCAUCCGUAGCCUCUGGCACUGUGACGGCGACAACGAUUGUGGUGACAACAGCGACGAGCAGUGUGAUAUGCGAAAAUGUUCAGACAAAGAGUUCCGGUGCACAGAUGGAAGUUGCAUUGCAGAGCACUGGUACUGUGACGGGGACACGGACUGCAAGGAUGGGUCGGAUGAGGAAAAUUGCCCCUCAGACGUGAUGACGGCCACAUGCAGCGUGGAGGAGUUCCAGUGUGCAUAUGGCCGCUGUAUCCUGGAUAUCUACCACUGCGAUGGCGACGACGACUGCGGAGACUGGUCUGACGAGUCGGACUGCUCCUCCCAUCAGCCCUGCAGGUCGGUUGAAUUCAUGUGCAGCAGCGGGAUGUGCAUCAACGCCGGCUGGAGAUGCGACGGUGAAAACGACUGCGACGACCAGUCGGAUGAGAAGAACUGCACUUCAUCAAUGUGCACAGCCGACCAGUUCCGGUGUGGAACUGGACGUUGUGUGCGGUUGUCAUGGAGAUGUGACGGCGAGGAUGACUGCACGGAUCGGAGUGAUGAAGAGGGGUGUGAGAAAACUGACAGUCCUCCUUGUGCUCCUGAUCAGUUCCAGUGUGGGAAUGGCCGUUGUAUCGGACAGAGGAAGGUGUGUAACGAGGUCAACGACUGCGGUGAUGGGACCGAUGAGCACCCGCACCAGGACUGCAGGCCGCGCUCCAGCGAGGGCAACUGUAACCAGAAUAAUGGAGGCUGCUCGCAGAAGUGUCAGAUGGUCAGAGGACUGGUCCAGUGCACCUGUCACACCGGAUACCGACUGGCGGACGACAGUAAAACCUGCCAGGAUGUGGAUGAGUGUGCUGAAGAGGGUUACUGUAGCCAGGGCUGCACCAACACAGAGGGGAGCUUCCUGUGCCGCUGUGUUCACGGCUACGAGCUUCGGCCUGACAAGCGCAGCUGCAAAGCUCUGGGUCCAGAGCCAGUGCUGUUGUUCGCAAACCGCAUCGACAUCCGUCAGGUUUUGCCACAUCGCUCAGAAUACACCCUCCUGCUCAACAACCUGGAAAACGCCAUCGCGCUGGACUUCCAUCACAGCCGGGAGCUUGUCUUCUGGUCGGACGUGACGCUUGACCGCAUCAUGAAGGCCAACCUGAACGGCUCCAACGUGGAGGAGGUCAUCUCCACCGGUCUGGAGAGCCCAGGGGGCUUGGCUAUUGACUGGAUCCAUGAUAAGCUUUACUGGACAGACUCUGGGACGUCCCGUAUUGAAGUGGCCAAUCUGGACGGGACGCACCGAAAAGUGUUGCUGUGGCAGAACAUGGAGAAGCCCAGAGCCAUUGCGCUGCACCCCAUCGAGGGUAAGAUUUAUUGGACGGACUGGGGGAACACGCCGCGCAUCGAGUACGCCAACAUGGACGGCUCCAACCGCCGCGUCAUCGCCGACACGCACCUGUUCUGGCCCAACGGCCUCACCAUCGAUUACGCCAGCCGGCGCAUUUACUGGGUGGACGCCAAGCACCACGUCAUAGAGAGAGCUGACCUGGACGGACGAAACCGCAAGGCCGUCAUCAGCCAAGGCCUCCCCCAUCCAUUUGCCAUCACAGUGUUUGAGGACAGCCUCUACUGGACUGACUGGCACACCAAGAGCAUCAACAGCGCCAACAAAUUCACUGGCAAAAACCAGGAGGUCAUUCGCAAUAAGCUCCACUUUCCCAUGGACAUCCACACCCUUCACCCACAAAGGCAGCCUGCAGGCGGCAGAAAUCGCUGUGGAUCCAAUAAUGGAGGCUGCAGCCAUCUGUGUCUCCCCAGCAACAAAACCUACACCUGCGCCUGUCCCACUGGCUUCAAAAAAGUGGAUAACUACAACUGUGAUGACAGUCUUGACAAGUUCCUGCUUUUUGCCCGAAGGACGGACAUCCGACGAAUCAGCUUCGAUACCGAGGACAUGUCCGAUGAUGUCAUCCCCCUGGCCGACGUGCGCAACGCCGUGGCGGUGGACUGGGACGACAAAGACGGCUACAUUUACUGGACAGACGUCACUACUGACUCCAUCAACAGAGCGCUGUGGAAUGGCACCAAGCAGGAGGUGGUGGUGGAUACAAGCCUGGAAAGUCCUGCAGGCCUCGCAAUUGACUGGCUGACCAACAAACUUUAUUGGACUGAUGCCGGUACGGAUCGCAUCGAAGUUUCUAAUGCCGACGGCAGCAUGCGGACUGUACUGAUAUGGGAGAACCUGGACCGACCCAGAGACAUUGUAGUUGACCCAACCGGAGGUUUCAUGUACUGGACGGACUGGGGAGCCAACCCAAAAAUCGAGCGUGCAGGAAUGGACGCCUCCAAUCGGAUCGUCAUAAUCUCGUCCAAUCUGACGUGGCCCAACGGACUCGCCAUCGACUACGAGACCAAGCGCUUGUACUGGGCCGACGCAGGCAUGAAAACGAUUGAAUACGGCAACUUUGAUGGUUCUGACAGACAGGUUUUGAUCGGCAGCCAGCUGCCUCACCCUUUUGGCCUGACUGUACACAAGGACAAGCUUUACUGGACUGACUGGCUGUCCAAGAGCAUCCAGAGUGCCGAUAAGCUCACUGGACUGGAGCGCCACACGCUGGCUGAAAACCUGGAAAACCUUAUGGAUAUUCACAUGUUCCAUCGGCACCGGGAAACGGUGCAUAACCCGUGUGCAGUGAAUAAUGGAGGAUGCAGCCACCUCUGUCUCCUGGCGCCGGCUCCCAAAGCUUCUAGCUGUUCCUGUCCCACGGGGAUCAAUCUGCAGAGCGACGGGAAGACCUGCACACCUGGUAUGAGUAGCUUCCUCGUCUUUGCUCGGCGGACGGACAUCAGGAUGGUUUCUCUUGACAUUCCGUAUUUUGCUGAUGUGGUUCUGGCUGUCAAUAGCUCAAUGAAAAACACCAUCGCUAUUGGCGUUGACCCCAAAGAAGGUAAAGUCUACUGGUCAGACAGCACGCUGAAGAAGAUCAGCAGAGCCAACAUUAAUGGAACAGCCCAUGAAGACAUCAUAUCCACAGGUUUGAUGACGACGGACGGCUUGGCGGUGGACGCCGUUGGCAGGAAGAUAUACUGGACCGACACCGGAAUCAACCGCAUUGAAGUGGCCAACCUGGAUGGCUCGAUGAGAAAAGUUCUUGUGUGGCAGAACCUCGACAGCCCGCGGGCGAUUGCCCUCUACCACGAGAUGGGUUACAUGUACUGGACGGACUGGGGGGAGCAUGCUAAGCUAGAACGCUCAGCUAUGGACGGAACGGACCGUGUGGUCCUCAUAAGCAACAACCUGGGCUGGCCCAAUGGCCUGGCUAUUGACACGGCUGGAUCCCAGUUAUUGUGGGCCGACGCUCACACUGAGCGAAUUGAGGCCGCCGACCUUAAUGGGCAGAAUCGACGCACCCUGGUGACUCCCGUCCAGCACCCCUAUGGUUUGACCCUGCUUGGCUCUCACAUCUACUGGACCGACUGGCAGAGCCGCAGCAUCCAGCGAGCCGACAAGAACACUGGGGCCAACACCAUCACUGUGCGGGCGAACCUCCCAGGCUUGAUGGACAUCCAAGCUGUGGACAGGGAGAGGCCACUCGGUUUUAAUAAAUGUGCCCGGAGGAACGGAGGAUGCACACACCUCUGCCUGCCUCGUCCCAACGGCACCUCCUGCGCGUGUCCUACUGGCAUUCAGCUCAAGGGAGACGGCAGGUCGUGCGAUGACUCCCCCGAGACGUACCUGAUCUUCUCCAACCGUGUCAGCGUGCGCAGGAUCUCCCUGGACACCAGCGACCACACCGACGUGCACGUACCAGUUCCCGAGCUGCACAACGUCAUCUCACUGGACUACGACAGCGUGGAUGGGAAGCUUUACUACACCGAUGUCACCCUGGAUGUUAUCAGGAGGUCUAAUCUGGACGGCAGUGGCAUGGAAACGGUGAUCAGCCAGGGCCUGAAGACCACCGAUGGACUGGCUGUGGACUGGGUGUCCAGAAACAUGUACUGGACUGACACUGGGCGCAACACCAUUGAGGUGGCGCGUCUGGACGGGACUUGCCGCAAAGUCCUGGUGAACAACAGUUUGGAUGAACCACGAGCCAUUGCAGUGUUCCCAAGCAAAGGGUUUCUCUUCUGGACCGACUGGGGGCACAUUGCGAAGAUUGAGAGAUCCCAUCUUGAUGGAUCCGACCGAAAAGUUCUAAUCAAUACGGACCUGGGAUGGCCCAACGGUCUCACGCUAGACUACGACACAAGAAGGAUCUACUGGGUGGAUGCCCAUUUGGACAGGAUUGAGAGCUCAGACCUGAAUGGAAAGCUGCGUCAGGUCCUCGUUAGUCCCGUGUCGCACCCUUUCGCCCUCACACAGUCGAAGCCGGUGUCCUCCCCUCUAACUCCUUUCUCCCGACUCUCGCAGCAAGACCGCUGGAUCUACUGGACGGACUGGCAGACUAAGUCCAUCCAGCGAGUGGAUAAACACAGCGGGCGAAAUAAGGAAACUGUGCUGGCCAAUGUGGAGGGCCUGAUGGACAUUAUAGUGGUGUCUCCACACAGGCAGACAGGCACUAACCUGUGUGGAAUAAACAACGGCGGCUGCACUCACCUCUGCUUCGCCAAGACCAACAGUUUUGUUUGCGCCUGCCCAGAUGAACAAGAUGGACGACCCUGUUCUACUGUUCCAGGUUACAUCCCCACUUCUGCUACCAAAAGUGCCAGCAGCACUCCUGUUCCCAAAAAGAUGCCCAACGGACCGACAGAACCGCCACACAGGGGACCUUCACUGAUCAACUGCACUGAGAAGGAUUUAAACGCAGGAGGCUGCAUGAACACAGUGGUGACAGCCCCUCACGGAGAAGGACUUCAUAUCAGCUAUGUGAUUGGAGGGGUUCUCACCAUCCUGGCCAUUUUGAUCCUUAUUGCUGCUUUUAUCAUUUACAGACACAAGAAGUCUAAAUUUGCUGAACCCGGUGUGAGCAAUCUGACCUACAGUAACCCCUCCUACCGAACGUCCACACAAGAGGUGAAGAUCGAAACGUCACAGAAGCCUCCGAUAUACAACCAGCUUCGAUAUAAGAAGGAGGGCGGGGUGGACGGAGGCUACACGAAGGAGAAGAUCCGCAUAGUGGAGGGCGUGUGUCUCCUUUCCAGCGAAGAACUUUACUGGGACGACCUAAAGCAGAUCAAGCCGUCCCGAGGCGGCCUGCACACCUGCAUGCGCACGGACACCGUGUCCCUGCAGACCAGCAGCGCCUCGCUCGACGACGGCGAGACGGAGCAGCUCCUCCAGGAGGAGGCGUCCGAGUGCUCCUCCAUAACCACACUGACCCCCUCAGCCAUCACCCCCCAGCGCCACGCCCAGCACAGCCUGCCCGACACCGGCUGGGCCUCCAUACGCAAACCCUCCACCGAGAGCGAAGUGUGAGAGCGAUUUUUUUUUUUUUUUUCUCCCCCCUGCGCUUCCUCUCACCCAUCCAUCACAUAACACACGCGUGUGCAGACACCUGCGCUCAGAGCCGGUACACAUUCAAAGAUUAACUGAAGCAUAUGUAAAGUAAUAGUUCAUAUGAAACCUGGUUAGACACAGAAAACAAAUGUCCUGCUUCUGCGUACACACACAAGCGCAGCACUCCCAAGUGUCACUUCCUCCGGGAAAAGUGAUAAACUGGAGGAGCGUGCUGCGUUCAAGAACGCAAAGGACUCCAGGUAGGAUGUAAACAGAGACGCUGAGACCAUCUGGAGCCAGUUUUAAGGAUGGAGACUCAACAAGGCGAACGCUUCUCUGUGUACCUCAAAUAUUUUUGGGAACUAUUUUUUUUUUUUUGUUUGGGGGGAAAAAAAAAAAAAGCUAAACCAACAUGGAUGAUUCAACAACUGCUCGCUCAGAUGCCAGUCAUGUCUAUACGAACUCUAUUUAUAAACCUUUACUUUUCUUUUUUUGCUGAGUGUGGUGUGAGCGGUUUGUGCAGCAGGACUCAGUUUUGUUUGAUGACGGUGCCAAAGGCCGAGACUUCACGCGGUCUCCACGCUUCCCUCUCCGCCUUCACUUGCAUUUGAGAUUCGUAAUAAUUCUGGGAUGUUUUUUUUUUUUUUUUUUUUUUGGUUACUUUACUUACAGACUUGCUGUUGCAGGUUGGAAACCUCAGUCCUGAUGGGUUUUCCUCUGAUUCUGAUACAGCCUCCAAUCAGGAAAGGAUGACGCUACCCUCAGACGGUCUAUGUAUUUUCUGCAAACAUGGCUGGAAAAAGUUUUCUUUUUUUUCUUUUAGUUUAUAUUUCAGCGCAUGUUUAUCGUUCAGCAUAGCAAAACAAGCUUUGAGGACGCUAAGUCCUGAGUGUGAAACACUUUAAUCUCUCUCCUUCAGUUGUAUAUUUAAUAAUGUCGUAUUAAUUAAAACGUCGAUGACAGUUUUUCUUACUUAGCUGUUUAGCUUCGCAGAUGGAUGCAAACAUCUCAACACAGUUUGUUCAUUCUGAUCUAGCAUUUCUGUAACCCCCCCCCCACACACACACACACACACACACACACACAAAAGCAAGCAAUAUUUUUGCUGAGGAUCUCUAUACAGUUAAUAUUACCUAUAGUAGCACUUGUAGAAUGUAAAGCUUUCUAAUAACUAGUUCAGUCCCUCACUUUUUAGCAGGUUAAAACAAAUUUCAUUUAUUUAAUUUCCCCUUUUUUCUUUUUUUUCUUUUUUUUACAUGGCAUUCCCAUGUCUGUAAUAAGUUCUCAUUUUUGGUAUGGAAGUGAUCAUAUUAAAGCUCUUGUUAGCAACAUACUUGACGUACUGUCUAGAGACAAGAGGGCCAAAAAGCUGGCUCAAAGGUGUUUGCUUGGUGAAACGCUGCUUGGUUAAAUGAGAACAUUUACCACUUUGAAGCUUGAGCCGAGCAGUCUGCAUCCUUAAUGCAGGGGUCAACAAACGGUUCCAGUCUCACCCCCUCAGAGAGUGAGGAUUCUCAUUUAGAAACAUGCCUCCAACAUACUGGACAGAUCCUAAUGCAGUUACCAGUUCUGGGGUAUUGCUUUAAUAUUAGACUAAAAUUCUUGCUGUUUAAACGCGGUACAGAAUACUACAUCGCUAUACAAAUUUACCUUUUCGACGUAAUAGGGCCGUGUAUUUUGAAGUAUCUGCUACAAGCUCAGCUACCUGCUGAUUUGCUGCUAGACUAAAGCACUGAGGCCGAUGGAAGGGGGUCUUGGCAGCUACAUAACUACAGUCUCUAGGAUUAGUUGACAGUAGGGCCUUCAGAGCAUCGUGACGACCCAGUAUUAAGUUAUCCCAGCUCCCAGUCUCUCCAACUCUGCUGCAGGAAAUGCGGAAAAACUGUACAGAUUUUACCAUGUGGGUUUAACCAAAUGUUUCUGUUUAUAUCGUGUUGAUGGAUUUGUAAAGUCUUUUGUACAAAGGGAUUUCAUGACCGUUUUUAGACUUGUAUUAAUUUCACUCACUGGAGAGAGAGUUUUUUUUUUUUUUUUUUUUUUGGCUGUUUUUUUGCUGGAUCAUUUUAACCACUGUGUUUUUAAGCUUUGUAAAUGAUAGGGAAGGUGCCAGUUAUUUAACAGUGCUCUUUUAAAAUCUUAUCAAAUACUGGUCACAUAUAGUUGUUGUAAAGUUAACAAAAAGGUAUUUAUGAUUUUUUUUUUCUUUUUGGUUGUCACUUAUGUGUAAAUAUGAAAAGGCUGUAUAUGUAUUUCCUGGCAGUACUAACAAGAUGUGUUGUGUGAUAUAGUGAAUUAUUCCUUUGCUAUCUUUUAAUAUAAAAUGGCAUUUGCAUUUCAAUGAA